UAUAUGUUUUCUGUUGCGUGUUGCGUUUGUAAGCCACGAACGACGACUCUGUAUGGAUAAUUUCUCUGUUGUGUGCACCUACAUGCGGAUAUCUUAUCUUGAUCUAAUAAAAAAAAGUAAAAAUGGACGUGUACGGGGAAUAUGGCGAAUACGGGAAUUUCGACGAGGCCUUUGAUCCUAAAUAUGGCGACCCACAUCCUGUCCCAAUCGUCAUGGCAACAGAACGGACGCUGGUUGGAUACGGAAAUAUUGUUUCGGACUUUGACGCUGAGGAAAUAGAUAUAACACCAUGGCCGGUUAAAGGAUGGCGGAAACUCUGGCCUAAGACUGGAUCACUCGGUGGCAUACGUAGCGGUGACUUCAAGUAUAAGUGGUUCGGAGACGUUUGUACAGCAGUUAACGAGGCUGUGGUCGACGGAGAUUACGUCACUGGCAAACUACCACGCAAUGUUUCGCCUAAUAACCGCACUCAUGUCCUUGUGAAGGACGCAAAUUAUCACCCGGACGGAAGUCAGGUCUUCUAUCCGAAGAAUAACGACCCGUUUGUUAUGCUUCUAGCGAAACCUGGAGACGAUAUUGAUUUGAAUAGUUUUGUUGCUUUCUACUGUGACGGAAGUUUUGGAGUCCACGUGCAUACAGGUGUGUGGCAUCAACCUGUUUAUCCAAUCAACGACGAGGCGGAGUUUUAUGGUAAACAAGGGGCGGUACACGCAUGCAUAGGUGUCGAUACAGUCAUGGAAUUUCAGAAGUUCCUAUUGGUGCCACUUACAAAGCCUUAGUGAACGUUUAAGUCAAAAUGAGCCUCUAACAAAUGAAAUAAUUCAUUGCAGCGUAUUGUGCUUUCUGACGACAAAAAAAAUCUAUCUACAGGAAUUUAUUUAUAAAGUGUUUAUAGUUACUUCAGAUAACUCUAUUGGUUAAAUUGUCUUUAAAUAGAUGUAAAAAACGAUUA